AUGGAUUACUACAACAUACUGAAAGUGAGUCGAAGCGCAACCGACAUUGAUGUGAAGAAAUCAUACAAAAAGCUUGCUAUGAUAUGGCACCCUGACAAAAACCCUGCUAACAGAGACGAAGCUGAGUCCAAAUUCAAGCUGAUUUCUGAAGCCUGCGAUGUUUUAACCGAUCCAGACAAGCGUAGAAUCUACGAUAAUCACGGCGAGGCCGCGCUUAAGUCUGGCGUCGUCCCUCCACCACCCCCCAAACAUUCGCAUUAUCCUUAUGCAUCUUCGUCCUCGUCUUCACGCCUGAAUCGUCAGAGCAGUACCGCCUAUCAUUAUAAUCCUCGCAGUCCGCAUGAUAUUUAUACUGAGAUCUUCGGUCACGAUGAUAUAGAAACUGGUGCUGCUGUGCGGUUUGGUCGGAAUCCUAAGAAGAAGAAAGCUCCUCCUGUCGAGCGUCCCUUGCUUUGCAGCCUGGAAGAUCUGUAUCAAGGAGUUGAGAAGAAGUUGAAGAUUACAAGAACUGUAACCGAUCAUCAUGGGAAGAGUCGUACUGAGGAGGAGAUUGUGACUAUUAACAUAAAACCUGGCUGGAAGAAGGGGACAAAGGUUACCUUCAUUGAAAAGGGUGACCAAGGGCCUGGCGUCAUCCCAGCAGAUAUCAUUUUUUUAAUUGAGGAGAAACCACAUGCACGUUAUAUAAGGAAUGGCAAUGAUCUGAUAAUUAACCAAAUGAUGACUCUGGUCGACGCCCUUACAAAUAAAAUAUUGGAAAUCCCUACCUUGGAUGGGAGGCGACUCAUGGUCCGGUUGUCAGGUAUAGUCACACCUGGCUAUGAGCACGUAGUACCUAACGAAGGAAUGCCAUUAUCCAAAGAACCUGGAAGGAAGGGAAAUUUAAAAAUUAAGAUUAUUGGCAUCAAGUAUCCCUCGAGUCUAACUCCUCGGCAAAAAUCUGAUCUGAGGGGUGUCUUGAGUUAA